UUUUUUUUUUUUGUGCGGUGUGUGUGUGUGGUUUUUUUUUCUUGGAUCAAUCCCGUUCCUUAUCGUUUCUUCAUCCUUUAUUUUUUUUUCCUAAUAUAUUGUUUUUAAAUCAUACAUUCCUUUCUCAUACCAUUACACUAUGAAUCUUAAUCAUACACACGUUACUGCCAAUCCUAUUGUGUUGACGUCCGUUAUCAUUGCCACUAUUGGUUGGUUUGUCGCAUUUGUGGGUUCAUGUAUUGCUGGUCUGCGUGGUGUAAGUUGGUGGAUCAUCAUCUAUGAACUUCUUUUACUGCUUGGUCUGUUCUUGGUGCUCUGGAAAUCCGUGUUUCAUCAUUAUCGCAUCUUGUUAUCCGUGUUUCUGGCUGUCAGCAUCGUUUUACUGACGAGUUACAUCGACGCUUAUCUGUAUAUGCAUAAAAAAGGUACCACUGCCUGUGCGGCUGGCGCAGUAAUGAUGAUCAUCAUGCAGUUUUUCUGGGUUUUCAUGGUGGGCAGUACCGAGGAAUCAUGGGUACUUCGUAAUAUCUAUGGCCUUCGAGCGUCGUCUUCUGGUACUCCAUCUGUAGUCACCAUGCAAAUGCAACAACACGGUAAAGAGAGCGCGAUAGCAUUGUCUUCAGCGGCUGGCGUGGCUCCCAUAGGAGGUUAUCCGUACCAUACCGGAUCCAUGAAUAGCGUGGCUCCUACUGUCGUCUUUGAUCACAGAAACAACGCGGUGGCAUUGCAUAGCUGUAAGUGACACAAAAAUCAACCCAAAAAGAAAGAGGGGUGGGGGUGGGGAGAGGAAUCAUAGGGUGACCACGGUCUAAUUUAUGUUGGAUUAGAUCAAGCGAAUCCCGAGGAUCCGAAUGAGUUAUCGUUUGCUAAAGAUGAGGUACUCGAGAUCAUUGAUCGGCGCGGCAAUUGGUGGCAAGCGCGAAAGCACGACGGAACGAUUGGUAUUGUUCCCAGUAACUAUGUGAGUGUGCUAUAGCAGCAAAGAAACAGCGGAUCAUCCGUGAACUAAAGUUUCACUGACAUUGAACU